AAACAGGUUGAAAAAGUCGAUAAAUAAAUUACUUGUGAUUACUCACCAAACAUGGUAUGAUCGUGUGAUCCACAGAGGGUUUGUUUACACGUGCCUCGGCAAGAAGGUUACAUGCGGCACACACGUGAUCACGUCUGGAUUAUGACUAACGUUUCAAAGCGAUAUUUUCUUGUCUACCGUAUUUAUUCAUCACGCUAUCAUGGCUCUCUUAAUCGCCUGAUCGUUAUUGGAUUCCGCAAUUUAUCUGCGUGUUGAACGAGUCCAUUUAUUUCAAUGAGAACAUUCCACAACGAAAACGUAAGCGACAAUACCAGUACAUUUACUAUCACUGUGACUGUGAUUUCAUUACAAUAUCAAGGACAAAAAACCUCAGUCAAGGACAACAAAAUUGUUUGAAGCUUCGACUUGAGAAAUGACCGCAUUAACAUCCCGGUUUUUUUAAACCCUCUGAGUUUCCGUCUGUGUGUCUUCAGUUUGCACAAGGAAACCAAUAUUGUGUCAAAGGUCGUAAGAUCAAGCAAUUUCGGAAUACAUAUACCAAACUCCGGACGUUAGCGUGGGUUUUAGGUACCACAUUUAGUGCGUAGGCGCUUCUCUUCCAUGCGAGGGAAGGACAACAGUACACUGAUCGAAGAUAGUUCUUUUCAUUUACUUGCACAAAAUGCAACAACCGAAGGGAGUGCAGGAACAGCCAAGGUACGAAAUGAUCCACUUCCGUGGAAAUCGGCCCUCUUCCGGAAAUGGUGGAAGUAAAACAACUGGACAGACCAACACCAUGAAACAAAAGUCUCUAAAACCUGAAGAAGGAGAGGUCGACAUUGAGAAAACUAACGAGCUUCCUCCUUUAGACCUGAAUCGUAAUGAGGGAGUUUAUGAAGUCAUUGCGAACAACGCUGAGGGACCCACGGUUGACAUGAAGACAAAGUCUGGUGAGGACCACCGAGAUGCAAUCUACGACGCACUGAACAUUGUCGCUCAAACAACAGGACAACAAAUGAAUUCAUGCCGUCGCAUGAUGUGUUUCACGACUGCACUGCUGUUGAUUAUUCUCCUCACGGCUGCAGCUGGCCUGACUUUGACUUUGAUGAUGCUUAUUUCAGGGAACACCUUAAGUUGGAAUCAAACGCCUACUUUGCCACCAGAGGCUGUUGGAAGUGGAAGGGACGGCGGUGGCAAAGAAAUGGAAGUCAAGAUUUCAAAACUGGAGGAAGCCUUAAAUCUUACUCGCUCUCAGGUUCAAAAGCUCAUGAUCGAGUUACAGACACAAAAGAAAGCGAUGGAGAACCUAACAGUACAGGAGCAAUGCUGCAGCCGCUGCAUUGGACCACCAGGUCCUCCAGGCUCACGCGGCAGAAUGGGACCUCCUGGCUCUCCAGGGUCCCCGGGAUCCAUUGGCCCUAAGGGUCCCAUUGGUACUCCAGGACCAACGGGUCCUCGGGGUCUCAACGGUUCUCAAGGCUUACCAGGGCCCCGUGGGAUUCCAGGAGAAAUGGGCCCGCGCGGAAUUAAUGCAUCACAAGGAUUAGCUGGCCCGCCAGGACCACCUGGAAAGAACGCAGCUUGGAAUGUAAGCCUUUGUCAGUACAAGAACAAGAAGGAAGUCACACAGACAGCCGGGAAAUCCGCUGAUUCAAAAGUCAUUCUGCGAGAAGAUGAACACCCGGGAAUGAAGAUUAUGGCGGCUACCUGUUCAACGAUCAAUGCUGGAGAGUACGUCUUUGGUGAUGCAAAAACUGACCCCACAACAGGAACUAUCGUGUACAGAUGUCACUGUAAGGGAAAAUCAACUCUGUUUUUAGGUGCGGAUAUGAAGUGUGUUAUUCACUACUGGAUCUGUCCAAUCGGAAAUUAAAUAAUGUAGAAGACUAGUGAUCAUCUGAUCGGAAAAAAAGCUUCAAAGAAAACCAUUUUAUGUUAGUCUAUGUAAUAGUGUAUUUCCUGUUAGCUCUGAAAUCCAUUGAUUCAAUGUGAUUGUGAUACAGCCUCGUUCUGAGGUCUCUCUCCUUCACCACGAGAGGUGACGAGGGGUGAGGAUGGGGGCGAGAAGUAGAAAAAUGAGGAAUGUAGGAACAUAUCUGCACAGAAACGACGACCGACUCAAAGUCAUGAAGACUUUAAAUGUUUUAAGAAAUUUCACGUUGUUCCGACAAAGUAAGCUAAAAGGAAACAGGGGGGAGGGGGAACUGGGGGGAUUGGUGGAUAGAUAAUUGAAUGGAUGGAUGACCAGAUUGAUCAAUCUAUAUGUAACACUUCGACCAUUAAAGCAAUUAAGGCAAUCAUUUAUAUGACAAAGGGCUUUCGUUACCUUGCACAUAAAAACUAUAAAUCAAUAAUGGUUUCCUAAUUAAUGGUUAUCAAUCUUUGGUCGAUUAAAAUAUUAAAGGAAAAAAAUCAUAGCAAGACAACAUUGUCUAUUACAAGAAAACGAAAUUCACUAGGACCAAUAGUAGUUUGUCUUUUCGCUAAAUCUACCACUAAUCUCAAACACAGACCUCUGGCCACUAGCAUUAUCGCUAUUUUUUUCGUUAUUUCGCUGUGGUGCAUUCUUAGGUGUAUUACCUGUCACCAUGAAACAAUAAACCUUCUUUUUAUUUCUA